UCAGUGUUCCUUGUCAAAUACACAGGAUCGUGGAGACGUACCAAUAUCUCUCUUUAAACAGCAGUAUUCCAAUCAAAGGAAUAAAGUUCCAAGUGACGUCGGCUUCUUGGAAGAUGGAGAGGCCUACAGAUGGUUUUUUGGGGAGCUAUAAACCAUUCUAUGGUGCACGAGUAUUUGUGGUAUUAUCAAGUGGAAAACGAAAACUGUUAAAGUUGGAUUUUCAACCAGUAUCCGGAAGAGUGGCGAGUAAGAAAGUCGAAUUUAUUGCUCCUAAACGAGAUCGAAUAAGCAGUGUGACUGUUAUGUUGGGUUGCCUUGGUUACAAAGGGUAUGUAACCUUCACUGAUCUUGCUGUAAAACCUCUUUACGAUUCCAAACCGUUAAAAAACCAUAGUACUGAUCUCAACAAGCUCAUAGAGCCUUGUCCUGCACCAAGCAAAAGACCAAGUGAGAAAAAAUCAGACCUUCUCACGGAGACACUUUACUCAGCGAUGUCGCCUAACGACUCAGACGCAAUCACACUAGUGACUCAGCUAACAUUUAACAGAAUUAAUAUUUUGAAGAGAAAUUUACGACUUUGGAAUGGUCCACUUUCGGUGGCAAUAUACGUACUCCUGGAAGACGACGACGACCUUAAAAACAAAAAGAGAGAGGUUCGAAUGCGAUUACCUACUCACAUAUUCAGCAAGUUUUCCACUGUGUCCGUUGAAAUAAUAUACGGGAACGAGGUGGGCCCGCUGUACCCGAUCAACAGACUAAGAAACAUUGCAAUAAAAAAUGUCAAAACCCGGCAUGUUUUUCUCAUUGAUGUGGAUUUUGCUCCUUCGCCAGAUCUAGAAAUCAUGGCAAGAAAUCAAAUUUUUGAUUACGAUAAAACCAGAAACAGUACAGAUAAGAGGGUCGCGUUUGUGGUCCCAGCAUUUGAUGGAGCCAGACACGUGAACUCUAAGGAUCUCCCAGAAACAAAGGAGGAACUUGUGAACAUGGUGAAAAGAAAGAAGAGACUAGCGCCAUUUAGGAAAAUCGAGUCUCCCUUAUCGCACAGUUCUACUAACUACAGCCGGUGGUAUCACAGCAAUGAGUCGUACGAAGUGAAGAAUUAUCAGGACAAAUACGAGCCUUAUCUAAUUAUGAGACUGACUCCCGAACUGCCCCUAUAUGACGAAAGGUUCAAAGGUUACGGGAUGAACAAGAUAUCUCACGUGAUGGAAUUGUCACUGCUAGGGUAUAACUUCGUGGUGUUACCAAACGUUUGGAUUGUCCAUCGCUACCACACCCUGUCACCCCUUUCAUUCGCCCAUUUGACGGAUCCAGAUAGCAGAUUUGUAAACCGACUUCAACGUUUUGAGUUCAUCAGCGAUCUCUACAGAAAGCACAGGAUAGGAGAGUGCAAAAAUAGAUAGGGGCUUCCGCUAAAUCAGAGACAACGGAUAAAAUCUCAGUAAUCCGUUUUCCUAUCUGGGUAGAAUAUAGAAAGACGCUCACCACAUCAUUGACGAAG